GUUUAACGCCUUUUAUAAACACUAGUCAUAAUGUGAUGUAACAUACAUCACAUUAUAACUAGUGUUUAGUGGAGUGUAUUCUGAAGUUGUAACGAUGAAAAGGAUUAUGCAUAUUCUAUUUUUGAUGAGUUUUGUUUAUUUAUUAAAAGCUGACGAGAACUGCAUCGUUUCGCAGGAUGCAACCCCUGAUGAAAGCAAAACUAUUUUCGAAGACUAUCCAUCAAUAGAAUUAGCUGUCACUCCUAUGGAUGUUGCCAGUGAUAUGGACGAGAAACCUGACUAUGCAUAUUUGAAGGACUCUUCCAGUGAAGAAAUUUAUAAAGCCGCUAACGUCAGUCAAUUCAAAGAUUCUUCAAGUGAGAUAAAAAGCGAAAAAGAUAGUGAAAAGGCAGAAGAGAAUUUAAAAGAUACAGAUACUGCUGGACCAUCUCACAGUUUAAACCAUACAAUCAUAUCUGAAUCACGAAAUAAUACGGAUAGUAAUAAACAAAAUAAAACUUUAAUGUAUAAAAGUGUCCAUGACAGCAAAAUUUUAAAUGAUAAUGAAACCAUUGCGGAUAGCCAAGACGAUGACAAACCUGAUGUCGAAUUAGUUGACAAAACCUUUAAAUCUGACUUAGAAAAACCCAGUAAAAAAAGUACUACUUCACCGAAACCAAAUACAACAAUAGAUGAUAUGGAUGAUCUAAUACUAGAAAAGUACAUAAAAAGUUUUGACGAUGAUGAAUUUGAUAAAAGUCUUCAUCACGAAACUCAAAGUAAAUUUGAUGAAAGUGAUUCUGAACUCGAUGGAUUAGAUCACGAUUUUCAACCAAGCAGAAGAAUGUUUGAUUUUGUUCCUGAUAUGAAUUAUAAGGGAAGAUCUAAAAGUCGUGAACUUUUGGAGACUAGUAUUCCAAUAACUGCACCUGAGCCACCAUUGGAUGAUAGACCAAAUACUUUCCCAUCUAUAUUAUUACCAAAUAUACCCGUACCAGAUCCAUACAGACUGAAAAACAUACGGUUACCUCACAACAAUAAUGAGGGUUUAUUCCAAUUUGGUGACUCACAAGAUAUACUAAACUCAAGAGGAACAUUAUUUGGAUCGAAUCUUGCAGAAGAAAAUAAGCUUAAUAUUCAAAAUGGAUUCGGCAUGUUACAGGAAAUGAUAAAUAAUCAAAAUAGAAUGGCUCCAGAAAUUCCGGACAUAUCCGGCCCCAAUAAAUGGAAUCAAGCCCUUACUUUGCAGAAUGAAGCAAACACAUGGAUACCCAACGUGAUGACGGUACCGAAUAGAUGGAAACUGACACCGGGAUACCAAAAUAUUCCAAAUGGCUGGUUACAUCUGAGUACAUUAAACAUUCCAAAUGGUUUUAUUCCAACAAGAACAAAAUUAUCUCAAGAAAUAUACGAUCCUACGGACUUUGAAACAAACUCUAUCCUUCCGUUCGAAUAUACCACUUUAGAUUCUAACGCCUAUCCCUACGUUUUAGCAAAAAGACCCAAAAUAACUGAAACAAAUAGAAACCUUGUUAUACCACCAAGUCUUCCCAAUCCUCAGCUACCAUAUAUUGGAUUUGGUAUAGUAAGAUAUCCUGGUGCUUAUCCAACUUUGGAACCCAGGUUGAUGGGUGGAAGAAAUCUUGCAUUGGUUCCUAGGUCUCAGCGAUUUUUAAUAGACAACAGUUUUCUCUACAAUCGAAUGUGCUGUUAUUAAUUUGUAAAAUUAUAAAGCAUAUUUAGUUACCUCACAGCUAUAAUCACGAGGCUAUCGUGAUUGACGAAAAAAUGUCGCGAUGGUCUUAUAAUAAAAAUUGUUGCAAUAAAAUUCCUUUUCUAUGGAAAAGGAAUUUUAACAGUGUU